GGCGGGCCGCACCCAGCCGACACAUCACCUGCAGGGACACCGACGGGUUUCGACCGUUUCGACGCAACUUCGCACCGGGCGGCUCCGGUUCAUGUGAGAGGGAAAAAAACACGCGCAGGAGAGUCAUUACCGGCUGGUUUGAAGAGGACAGGAGUCGCAGCCAUGGAGUGGAGGAUUUGUGCUUUAGCUGUUCUGUGCCUGGUGUUGUCCAGCGUUGGAGCCCUCGAGGUCGUCAUCCCACAGAAGGAAUAUGAGUUUGCCAGAGGGGACAACAUCACACUGCCCUGCAGCUUUAAAUCCAAGCUUGCUGCCCCCCCACUGGUCAUUAUCACAUGGUCGGCUGAGGCUCCUACUGCUGGCGCUAAGGAGACCCUGAUCCUCAGCUACUACUCUAAUACUAAACAGACUGACAUUAAGUCAAUGUACGAAGGCCGAGUGUCUCUGGACGUAGACACUCGUACUGGAAGGGCCAACCUAAAACUGUCCGCCAUCACGUUGGCAGACAACAAAGUGUUUGAGUGUCGUGUCUUGAUCCCAACUGAUGAUGAGGGCAAACCAGCAGCCACUGUACGUUUGGUGGUCCUAGUGGCCCCGUCAACACCCGUCUGUAAGCUCCAGGGAAAGGCAGAGUACGGCCAGAACAUCAACCUGACCUGUUUGUCCGCGGAGGGCUCCCCAGCGCCCACGUACAAGUGGGAGAGUACGGACGUACGGAGCAUGCCACGUGCUGCCCCGCACCCCAGAACCACGGAUAAGGGUGGUAUCCUGUCAAUGUACAAUAUCACCAAAGACACGUCUGGAUACUUCACCUGCACCUCGAGCAACAAGAUCCGCUCUGCGAAGUGCAACAUCACUCUUGCAGUCAUGCCACCUUCCGUGAGCUUUGGUUCCACUGCAAUUAUAGCCAUCGUUGUAUCUGUCAUUGCCGUGAUCGCCCUCAUCGUCAUAGUCUAUUGCUGCUGCCGCCACAGGAAGAAGAAGAGGGAAGAGGAGGAAUAUGCCAUGGGAGCCCCUGCGGAAGAGUUCCACGACAAGGACCCGCCAAGAAAUGGUGAUCGUCGCCCGGCUGGUAGGGAGGAGGACCGACGUGUUGAUCGUGAGCCCGUUGAGGAUCGAAGACGCCCGGAUAACGACGAACGCCAGAGCGACUACGAUGAUCGCCGCAGCGACUACGAUGAUCGCCGCAGCGACUACGAUGAUCGCCGCAGCGACUACAACGAUCGCCGCAGCGACUACGAUGAUCGCCGCAGCGACUACAACGACCGCCGUGACAGGUACAGUGAUCGCAACGAGCGCCACGACGACGAGCGGAGCACCAAUGGACGCAGAGACCGCCGCGAUGAUGACGACCGCCGCGAUGAUGACGACCGGUACGAUGAGCCCUAUGAUGAUCGACCACCCGUGCCAAAUAAUAAACCACUGAGGAAGGAUUAUGACGACUAAGUUCUCCAGUCUGAACCAACGCCUGUCUUCUAUCUUCUACUUCACACCUCACGCUGUGAUCUAAUUGGUUCAAACAAUGUUUUGACUCAGUAGACCUAUAGCUAUGACAUAAUUAGCUCAACAAAUGGCAACAUGUAUAGGCUACUAGACUUAAACAUGAUCUGUUAUCACAUGUUUGAGAGGUGGUAAAGUUUUAGGUGGGUGGGGGGGUUAAUCUCGGUAAUGUAAAAUAGAUGUGACUGGAAGCAAGCGACUCGGAGGAUCAGUUGGGGAAGGGCAGGAAAUGAAAACUCAGGUCAACAGUUACAAUCCCAUUUUAGGCUACAUCCAUACUACUACGUUUUCGUUUGAGAUCAAUUAAGGUUUGGAAACGCUGCUGUUUGGAAGCGUGUUAGUCUGGACGGGCAGAAACCGAGAGGGUUGGAAACUGUGACGUAGACGAGCACAACGUGUGGCUGACAUUAACCUCUACUAACGGCUGUUCUGCACUGAAUUUACAAUGAUGCUACUACUUGCAAACCCAGGAGAUAAGCUAUUAUUCGAGCAAUUCUAGUUCAUGCCGGCACACGCAUGUCCAGUGUAGGUGCGAGUGGUUAGGUGAUAUGCAUUUCCAGGCGCGUUGGUAUGGACGGGUAUUCAAACUGGGGUCUGCAAGAUGAGGCAAAACGUAGUAGUAUGGAUGAAGGCUUAGUUAAGGUACACAAAUGUCACAGACCCCCCAGGACCAAAUGAUUUUUUUUUUUUAGGUGUGUGUGUGUGUGUGUGUGUGUGUGUGUGUGUGUGUGUGUGUGUGUGUGUGUGUGUGUGUGUGUGUGUGUGUGUGUGUGUGUGUGUGUGUGUGUGUGUGUGUGUGUGUGUGUGUGUGUGUGCUCAGUCCGGUUUUGUCACAUUCUGAAGUGGAGGAGUGGAGUGAAAGAUUCUGCCUGAUGUGUGGAGGAGUUUUUGCUUUCAACCUGAUAUGUUGACACACAAAUGAAUGCAUGGCAUUACGACUGUGUGUGUGUGGUUUUCAUGAUUAAGACUGGCCUCUGCUGUUGGGUGUAGUGGUGGUUUCAUUUUCUUUUUUAUCUAAGGAAGCUACCGUCACGCCCAAGAAAAGGGCUUUGGUUUUUGUGUUGUUCUUUAUGCUUUUACUAGAAUUACUUUUUUAAUGCAGAAAACAGCCGUCUCCUUCAUUCAAUGGAGUGCUUUUAAAUAUCUUCCUUUUUUUUAACGACAUAAUAGAAACUAGAGCUAGAAUUUUAAUGUAAAUAUAAAUCCUGAUUUUUACAUGUCUUCUUGUAACCAUGUUUUUGCAGGUUCAAAAUGUGCCUGUUGGUGUGUGGCAUUGUUUCAGUAAAGUACAGUUCAGUAGUGUGAUGGGAGCAAUGGUUUCUAUUCUUAAACUCACCAAGCGUCAAUCUGUGGGUUGUGUCUGUCAACGUGGUAACAGCAAGUGGAUUUUAUAAAAAAUUCAGGGUUAUGGUCUCGACAACUGCUCGACCCAAAUCCUUCACUGACGAUACUUCACUUCCAUGUGUCCUGAGAAAUAUAUAUACACACAUAUUUCUAUUUUCUGUAUUUGUGAAACGGCGAGUUGUGUACAUUUUAAAUAAAAAUAAAGCUGAGAGAAAAGGAAUAA